UUUCGCCUCUUUGUUUUACCGAUAGUACAUUUAACUCGCGUUCAACCCAAUAUCCAGCGGACUGUACUGUUCCUAAACAGCCACAUGAGAGGGCAUCCAUGAUGCGGAGCUAACACCACCACGUGCCUGCAGGAAGAGACGUGGCUGCCAAAUCAUCCUCAGUCAACACAUGGCGGCAUUAGGGAACCCCGAGAUGCUAACCAGGAAAAUCAAGCUGUGGGACAUCAACGCCCACAUCACUUGUCGCCUGUGCGAGGGGUACCUGAUAGACGCCACUACUGUCACGGAGUGCUUACACACCUUCUGCAGAAGCUGUCUAGUGAAGUACCUGGAGGAGAACAACACCUGUCCCACAUGCAGGAUUGUCAUUCACCAGAGCCAUCCACUGCAGUACAUCGGCCAUGACCGAACAAUGCAAGACAUUGUCUACAAGUUGGUGCCGGGACUACAAGAGGCGGAGAUAAAAAAACUGAGAGACUUCUAUCAGAAGCUGGGAAUGGAAGUGCCCGGGGACAUCAAAGGAGAGCUGUGCAGCAUGAAACAACAUCUAGAUCCUCAGCGCAAUGGUGAGGUGAAAACAGAGGACACAGCAAAUAAGGAAACAGCGGAGGAGAAACCGGAGGAGGAGAACGAUUAUCACCGCAGCGACGAGCAGGUCAGCAUCUGUUUGGAGUGCAACAGCAGCAAGCUCCGCAGCCUGAAGCGCAAGUGGAUCCGCUGCUCGGCGCAAGCCACGGUCCUUCACCUCAAGAAGUUCAUCGCCAAAAAGCUUAACCUGACAUCAUUUAAUGAGCUGGACAUUUUAUGCAAUGAGGAAAUCUUGGGAAAGGACCACACUUUGAAAUUUGUUGUCGUGACGAGAUGGAGAUUUAAGAAAUCCCCCCUCCUGCUGCAUUACAGACCCAAAAUGGAUUUGCUGUAGUCGGACAGAACGGUUGUUUUGGCCCAGUGGCCCAGAACUGUGCAACGUACUAUUUAUGCAGAGACGAUCAAUCCCAACACCAAGCAAACACUCCAGAUCAGAAGUCCACACAAGCCAGCAAACAAAGAACCCCAGCACAGAUACUGCACCACUGGCGGGUUUAGAUCAAAAACAACCUUUUUUGUCCACUAUACGUCCUAGAUAUGUGAAAAAUUUGAGAAAAAGCAUAUAUUUAUACUUUUGUACAGAUGAGACAUGGAACCAAGACACUAUUGGUGCUCUCUUUACACAUGAACAAGAUGUCGGGGAAUCGUGUGCCCAUCUUUUUAGUUUUUUCGACAGACUUCACUCCUCCGACCCGCAUUGAUUGAUAAAAAGGCGAGGACGAGGAUUUUUAACAGUUCAUUUUCUUUUUCAGGUUACACUCAGACGAGUCUUGGGAGCACAGAAAGUAUAUAAAGUUAUAUAAUAAGA